CGUAGUAUUUCGUGUGUACAUACACUAUGCGUAUUAUAUAACUUGAGACGCGUGCGUAACAUUUAUGUGAACUGUUUGACGUACAUUUAUAAUCUAUAGAUAUUUGUUAUUAUUAUUAAUUAGUAAUAAAUUUGUAAAAAAAUAAUAAUAUGUCUAAUUCGCUUGUUCGUAAGAGUCUUGAACUCUCUGGAUACGAUGAUAUGAAAAAAGAAAAGAAGAAAAAGAAACAUAAUGGUUAUAAAGGAACUUUAGAAUUAAUUCCUACUAAGUAUAGAAUUAUUACUUCCAAAGAAAAGACAAAUAUCAAUAAUAUUUUGGGUCGGUCUAAUAAAGUUACUGUAUAUGAAGCUAAAAAGCGACUGGAGACAAAAAAGGAUUUAAUUGAAGAAAAUAUACAGAAUCUUUUAUUAUUAAGUAAUAAUUGUUUGGAUCAGCAUACAGUUAACAAGGUUUUAAAACGAGCUGUUAAGAAACGAUAUAUUCCAAAAGAGAAAAAGAAGGCAAAACAAGAAAGUACUGUAUUUACGGAAGAAGAUUUUAAGAAGUUCGAACAAGAAUAUGUAGAUCAGUAAG